AUGCUUCGGCAGCCCCUUGCCUGGGCAGCUGUUCUUGUGGGGCUGACCGCAGCAGAACGGGUUCAUCAGGUUCUUUGGGAGCGCAGCUGGGACGUCCUGCCGUUCCCCGACAGCUGUGACAAGCUGGUCUCGGGCGGGUUCCAAGUGCCCAGGGAAGGCGUCCGUCUGCAGGACUGCACCAUUGGCGCCGAGGCGAAACUCAAGAUCCAGUUGGACGGGCCGUUGAUCGUCGACGGGAGUCUCACGGUGCGGGGCCGCGCCGAGUUCAGGGCCAGGUCCGAGCCUUUCCAGGAGGCUUGCCUCCAAGUGAAAGAUGGCCUGACAAUCUCCGGCCAUUUGGAGAUAUAUGGCUGCCACAAUGAUGCAAAUGAUGACGAAGGCAGGGGCAAUGUCAUUGGAGGCUGCUUGAAUGCCUCCUCCUUGUCCAUGGAGGACGGGAGUUUGAGCCUGGAAAAGUGCAGCUCGAAGGGAGCUGGAGGGUGCGUGGCGCUGGGCAGCCUGCGCCAAAGGAGGCCGGCAAGAUGGAUUUCGAAAUAUGUGACGCGAAGAUAG